AUGUGGGGAUGCCUUGGAAUUGUCCCUAUAGGUCCUCACCUGUCCUUCAGGCUUGCCUCCUCUGAAAGGAGACCUGGAUCUGCUUUAGAAGAUUCCCAUAAGGAAGCUAAAAACUUCAGAGUUCAAGAGGCUGGGAAGAAAAACAACACAUUAAAAACCAUUCUAGAAAAUUUACUGCUGAAAAUGGCUUUCAGCAGAAUAGCAGAUAUCCAAGAUAAAAAUAGAUGGCUACAGAAUGAUCCAGAGUUCAAAGAUAGAAUUAAAGCACAAGCCUUGAUAUACCCUGGCCUACAAUCACUUGAUACUUUCCUGCCAUCCCAUCGAGAGUAUGAAUAUGGUCCAAUUCUGUCCAGAGAGAUGACAAUUAAGUUGGCGUGCCUGUAUGUGUCUGAAGACAAAGCUCUGCUCCAGGCCGCACUGAGAAAUGAACACAUGCCUGAAGGAUCAAGACACCUGUUCAAGUUUGUUAACUGGAGUGACUUACUUCCUGAGAAGUAUAAAAAGAAUCAUGUUUACACUGAGCCUGUUCUUGGAAAACUGAAUGAUUCCUACCCAGCACUUAUGGAUAGUAGAGCAUCACCUUUGUUAGUCAAUGACUCCCAGUUACAGAGUUUGCCAUUAACUUACAUCCUCACAUGUGAACAUGAUCUCAUUAGAGAUGAUAGUCUCAUUUACAUUACACGACUUAGAAAUGUUGGGGUUCGAGUUACUCAUGACCACAUAGAAGAAGGAAUACAUGGAGCCCUAUCAUUUACCAGAGCUCCAGUGUUUCUACAUCUGGGGUUAAGAAUAAGAGAUAAGUAUAUUAGUUGGUUAGAGGAAAAUCUAUAA